AUUUGACAAAAAAUGAGAUAAAUUCAUAAAUGAGAUUUUGAUAGCACAAAAUAUUCAAAGUUAACAAUUCCGAUUUGUAUCACGUAAGACGUCUGACUGAUCAUAUUUGAUUUCUUUUCAAUCGUAUGGUUCCUUUUGCAAAUGGAAGCGCAAAUCAGUUCGAGAAACACUAAGAUUUAUUUUCAGAUUAAAUAAAUCGAAAUAAAAAUAGAAAAAAUGAAGACAUUACUUGUGUUGUCUCUCCUCGUGUCAUAUUCUACUGGAUUCAUGUUAGGCGAUGGAUUUUAUGAUCGAAGAAUGGAUAAAUUUCGCAAAUUAAUCAAACAAAAUGAUGCAUCUGGAGUAAAAAAGGUUCUCCAACAAGGAAUGAAUAUAAAUUCUCGAUUUGAAUAUCAAAAAACAGCAAUUCAUCUAGCUGCAGAAUUGGGUAGCAUCGAUGUUGUUCGCAUUCUCGUUGAACUUGGCGCUAGAGUCAAUGCUACGGAUAAUUGGAGAGAGACACCACUUCAUUUGGCAGCUCAGUAUGGUGAUUCUCUUACUACCUCAAAUCACGAAGAAUCUUGUGACUUUGAUCCUUUUUUGCAUUCAGGUCACACGAAUAUUGGUCGAAUUCUUAUUGAACGACGUGCUAAUAUUAACGCCAAAUCUUUUGGGGAAUUGACGGUUCUUCAUAUAGCGGCUAUUUUUGGUCAUGCAGAUUUUGUACAAAUGCUCAUCGAACACGGAGCAAAAGUCAAUGCAAAUGACAAUGAUGGAAAAAAUACACCACUUCAAUUCGCAGUUGAAAAUGGUAAAACGAAUGUCGUUCGAGUUCUAGUUGAGCAUGGCGCUGAUGUGAAUGCUAAAAAUAAUAUUGGAGAGACACCACUACAUAAAGCAGUUAUGAAUUCAAAACAUUCAGAUGUUGUUCGAAUCCUCAUUAAACAGGGCGCUGAUGUUGAAGCUAAGGAUCAACGUGGAAUGACACCUCUUCACAACGCAGCUUGGCGUGGGAAUUUGAAAAUUACUCAAACCUUAAUUAAAUUUGGCGCUGAAGUCAAUGCUAAGACUCAGAGACCAAUUCAUAGUGGAUGGACGCCACUUCACUAUGCAGCUACGUAUGGACAUUCAGAUAUUGUACGAACCCUCAUUGACCAUAGCGCCGAUGUUAACGCUAAGAACGGAGAUGAAAUGACGCCACUACAUUUCGCGGCUGUUUAUGGUCAUGUGAAUGUCGCACGAAUUCUUUUCGAGCAUGGUGCUCAAAUCAAUGCUAGGAACAAAAGUGGAAAGACACCGCUCGAAUAUGCAGAGGAAAAAGAGAACACCGAAAUCACCAACAUCCUAAAAUAAGCUGAAUGAAACGAAGACCAAGGAUCCACGGAAGUCAAUGAAGUCGGAAUAUAGCGAUAAAAUUCAUUCUUUGUAUUUGUAACAAUAAAAUUGUUCGGAAAUUUCCUCAUGGUCAGUAUU